AUGUUGAAAGCGCACAGACUCAGCUUGAUAGGUUCCAAGGAUGCGCCGACCAAGCUGCUGAAGAGCGGUCCAUGGCACCACAUCAGACACCCAUUCUACACUUCUUACAUGAUCAACAUCAUCUGCAUCGCUUUAGCUUCUGCUCCAACGACCCGCAAUCGUCUCAUAGCGGCAGCAUCGGCCAUGGGUGUUUGUGUGGUCUGGGCUUUUGCUGCCACGAGAGAAGAAGCUAAAUUCGAGCAGAGCAAGCUCAAAGGAGAGUACGAGGCUUACAAACGACAGACUGGCAUGUUGAUUCCCAGACUCACAAUUACAGUAUGCCAGAAAAGACGGCUCGAGUAG